AUGUGGUUGAAAAUCAUAUUCUUGUUAUAUUGUGCUACUGCAAUUAAGGCGCAAAGUACAGAAACCAACUUGGACAAAAGCUCAAUCCUCUGCUUUAAUGACACUGAUUGUGAACUAUCAGAAAGUACAAAUGACACUACUCAAGAAACUACACCAAUACCCAAAACUGUUGAAACUGUUUUUAUUAAAAAUGAAGGUGAAACUGAAUUACCAAAGAGGGCAACUCCCUCAAACCCUGUUACACCUGCAACAAGUUUAGCAAUUAGUAAGCCUCAAAGUCAGAAUGGAAUUUGUGAUUGUGAUUUGACGAUUUCAUCUUGCGACGUUAACUGCUGUUGCGAUACAGAUUGUAAUGAACUGGACAUGCAGGUAUUUUCUGCUUGUAAAGAUAACCAUCCAAAACUAUACGACACACGAUACUGUUACGACAACAAUUAUAUCCAGUACAAUCAUACACGCUAUUUGCUUGAAAAGCUCAGCGACAACUUGUUUUGUAUUGUGUAUGAUAAUCUUCCUCCAGUUUACAGCACAGAUUAUGAGCCUAUUAUUUCUAAAAAAAGUUCCCUUGACGAAAUUGUCAGCAAUAGUAAAAAAAGUAGGUUCAACUGGGACCACAAAGUUACAUACACACCGUCCAUUCAAUUUGAUUCCGACAAACCCUACCGAAAUGGAGAUAUUAUUUGGAAGAUGCAAAACAGCUUCAUAAAAACCUUAGAGUUGCCACAGUCAGGAUUCACAGGAAUUUGUACCUUCAAAAAAGCUUUGAGGUAUCUUGAAGAUUCGAAACAUUCAUGCAUGCAGAUUUCUUUGGAAAAUACCAACACACAGUUAUUUGCAAAAGCAUAUAACAAUUUCACAAUUAUUGCUUCGCCAGUAUUGUAUGGCAACUCAAAUUUCACCACAAAUAAUAAGAGCUGUCCAAGAGAGAUUUGUGUCCCAGUUCAGCCCCAUUACUGUCUCGGUUUGUUGAGCUCAUGUGAAAACACGAGUUUGCCAAUUGGAAAAUGCAACAAUGGGAUCUGCAAUAACAUUGUGAAGAAGGUUCGAUAUGUUAUAAGUCACACCGGCAUAAAAGGGAUUGAUAGUAUAGAUGUUUACCUCGAAUUUGCGAACGCCUCCCAAAACUUCUAUCAAUAUUUUGAUGUGGAAUAUAAGUGGCUGAGAGAUGAUCAAUCUGAAGUUUUUCACCUGAGUGGAAACCCGGGCUAUAAUCUAGGAAAACCAAUCAUCAUAGGGAGUUUGAUAACAAAUAAAACGAAUGCGGGAGAUUAUAGUUAUGUGCAAGUCAACAGGAAUGAACACCAUCUAUCAUUGCCACUGGGAAAAAAGGGUGGCCAGUGUCACAAUCAUGAUCGAUACGUAGUGAAUUUUGGGGAGAAUUUAAAGCUCAACUGCAGAAUGGAACUUCAAACUCGUAAUUUUACCGUAAAUUCGUGUGUCGACUUGCAAAUGGAAGUUAUUGACAUUUUAUUGAAAGGCAUUGGAUCAAAAGUGACCGAAAUUGAACACGGAAUUCAUGUAGCCAAGUGGAAUUACCACUACUAUAACAGUACAGAUGAUUGGGUGAAAAUUCUCCUUGACAGAAUACCACAAAAUGUUGUUACAGGUCAGAUAAUUGAUGAUCAGUUAAUGUGUUCCGGCUUAGUUACUGCUUUGAGGAUUGAUGUUGUGUAUCGUCAUCUGCCUGAUCCAAAGACCGUGGAUAAUUACAAAAUUUUAGGUGUUGCCAUAACAUUUUCCGAAGACUCAGACAUUUACUGGGACAAAUGUGAGACUGAAAAUUGUAUAGAUACGUUGGCAGUGAAUGUUGUGAGUUACGUAAUGUUCCACGAUGUUUCGCAGCCAUCUAAAUACUUUUUUGCAGAGGGUCCAAACUUAGAUAUUUCCUUGCCUCAUGAUUUUUUUUAUCCUUUCAUCAAUGAUGCUUCGAACAACAAUGAAUCCCACCUAAUAGUAUUAUGCACCAGUGUUGCCAUGCUUAUUGUUAGGAUUAUAUUGUAAUUUGCACCCUCCAGCACUUCUAGUCUAUAAUUUAAGUCGUAAAAAAACUAAAGAUUUAAAAGUUCUUAAUAUAAGGUAGUAAUUGUUUCUCUAUUUAUUUACAUGAAUUGAAGAUUAUAUUCAUACUAU